GCCAGGUGUCGAUAAUAUUUACCUUUUGUUUUGACGACCUCGACUCGCGAGUAGUCGCGAGAUGUCACGCUCACUCGGCCGCGCGAUACAACUUUAUUCCGCUUUGUUUUGCGGAGGUGAGAGGACAUGGUGUAGCUGUCGCCCGAAUUUGUGCGUUGUGUUCAAUGUUUUUCUUAUUAAAAAGUAUUUAUUGAGUGAAUAGACAUCAUAAUUUUGUACGAAAAGUGUUUUUACAUUCGAACGAAGACUGUGCAUGUGUUUGAGCAGAUGAAAGAUCAGUACAUUUGCGCAAUAGUUGGUGAGACUUGAUGUCAAUAAACUUGUCGGUUGUAUUUUAUGGGAAAGGUGUGCCGCGUCGCGCUGGUACCUGUUCUCGGCGGGUGGGUGCUCGAGGCCGGGAUAGUAACUACAAGUUAAAUGCAGUUGACUUGUGAGAGCCAUGGAGUCGUAGACAGGAUCGAGGUUACCCAAGAUGCUGGUUUUAUCAUCUGGCUGUAAUCCUCUACAUCCUUGCUUAACAUUCGACAAAACUUGGCCUCUAUACGAACAACAUUCAUUGAAGAAAAUAUGUAAAAGGACCACGGCCACUGCAAGACUGAAUCCAAAAGUUGCCUUAAAAAUGAGCGGCGACGCAAGAUGAUGAAACGCUCAGACUUAUUUUUAUACUAAUAAAAACAUUAUGCGGAAAAAGCAAAAUAGUUUUUGAAAAAAAUUUUGAGCAGUAUUUUUCUAUGAAUUUAUCAUAGACGAACUUUGUGUGUGGUGCUAUAAUAGUGUAGUGAAGUGACAUCGAUCAUAUCGAUAAGGACAACAAUAUCGAUAAUUUAGUGACGUGAGAGUGGUGAUGGUGUGAGGACUGGAUGGUGAUGAGUACCGCGAUGAGCAGUGAGGGCGACGCGGUGAAGGUGGAGGGGGGACACGUGUCUGUCACCACUAUCAGCAUGUCGGGUCCGGAGACAAGCAACGGUCAAUUCUCGUACAGUUCGAGCGGGGUGCGCAUCAGUGUGUCUUCAGUGCCUCAUGAUGAAGACUCUACUGAUGCUGAAAUCUCCAAGAUCGACUUCACACAACAUCAGUACGAGGUUAACAUGCGUAACAAGAAGAAGCGUUCAUUGAGCGGUGCGCCAGAAAUGUCCAGCAAUGAACGAGAGCGACCUAUGUCCUGGGAGGGAGAACUCUCCGACUCGGAAAUGGUCAUAGACACCGGUGGCAAUAAUGAUGAGAACAGCAGUUCCCUAGACCUCCAAUCGUCAAGGGAUUCAAUCGACACCCUUCGCAAUGUCAGCAUAAAGACGGAACCAGUCAAGACUGAGGGCUUCCAAGGUUUGGAUGAGCAGCGUGUUCUGGAUCUGAAAUACCCCAGUGCCCCAUUGCAGCCACACCAGCGGAGUCUUAGUAUGAAUAGGAUAUCAGUCCUCACAGAUGGCUCAUCCCUCUCUCUAGCCAGACGGCCGUCCUCUCCGACCAGUAGUGCGAAAUCCCUCGCAUUAAGUGACCAAGGGUCAGCACAUAUGCCACAUACGGGACUCGACCAAGUACAGAACCUGACCAUCAAGAAGGAAACUCAGUUAUCAGAAUUAAAAUGCGAGCAGUCUGUGGGUAUGGACAAGUUGAUAGGCGCACUGCACGGCUCGCCCCUGCUCGGCCGACUGCCGCGGGUACAGUCGAGCGCCAGCACGGAUUCCGCCGUACACUCCAUGUAUACACAUAGUGUAUAUAGCAGUCCAUCAGCGAGUCCGCGCGCCUCCCGGCACUACACUCCGUCCCUCUCCCGCAACAACAGCGACGCCUCGCACUCCUCCUGCUACUCAUACAGCUCGGAGUUCUCCCCAACACAUUCCCCAGUACAGGGUCGUCAUCCACACGUAAUGUAUCGAGAAGCGGCGGCUGCAUACGACGGUACUCAUGAAGACGAACCUGAUGCUCCUGAGGAUAGGCUUCAUCAUCACCAGGGUAUUAGCAGACAACAGCUUAUUAACAGUCCAUGCCCAAUUUGUGGGGACAAGAUCAGCGGUUUCCACUACGGCAUAUUCUCCUGCGAAUCGUGCAAGGGUUUCUUCAAGCGAACAGUUCAGAACCGCAAGAACUACAUGUGUCUCCGGGGUGGAAACUGUCCCGUCACCGUCACCACCAGGAAGAAGUGUCCAGCUUGCAGAUUCGAUAAGUGUUUGGGAUGCGGCAUGAAACUUGAAGCAAUCCGCGAGGACCGCACGCGCGGCGGUCGGUCGACGUACCAGUGCUCGUACUCGCUGUCGGGCGCCGCCAGCACGGGCUCGCUGCUCGCUGCGCACGCGCCGCCUACGCUGCGACACGCCUCCAGCCUCACCAGCGUUAACGGCCCCGGUUCAUACAGCAGCCGAGGCGAGUCUAGCAACAGCCAAGUGACGCCAGAUAUACCGCCGUUAUUGCAGGAAAUAAUGGACGUGGAACAUCUCUGGCAGUACAAUGAAUCUGAGCUAAGUAGACUUGGCAAGUCGACGGGCGGUAGUCCGUCCGCCAACCCCCUUUUGGCGGCCAGCGGGAUCACGGCGCAUAACUCGAGCCCCGACUUCUUGGCAGACCUCUGCAACAUCGCCGACCAUCGCCUCUACAAGAUCGUCAAAUGGUGUAAAAGCUUACCACUAUUUAAGAAUAUUUCGAUCGACGAUCAGAUUUGCCUGUUGAUAAACAGUUGGUGUGAGCUUUUGGUACUGUCGUGUUGCUACCGCGGCGUCAGUACGCCCGGCGAGGUCCGCGUCGGAGGCGGGAGGGGUAUCACUCUGCAUCAGAGCGCCAAGUUGGGUCUAACGCCUUGCAUUGAGCGCAUGCUGAGUUUCACCGACCAUCUCAGGCGGCUGCGGGUCGACCGGUACGAGUAUGUCGCGCUCAAAGUCAUCGUUCUACUCACUUCAGAUGCUCCAGAUUUGCGUGAAGUGGAGAAAGUCCGAGCGUCCCAAGAGAAAGCGCUGGCCGCUUUGCAAGCAUACAUCGCGACACACUCGCCCGGCACGCCCGCCAAGUUUGGAGAGCUAUUGCUACGUAUACCUGAACUGCAAAGGACUUGCCAGUUCUUUAUGCAAGUCGGUAAAGAAAUGCUGAAUCCGGCCAACAAGAGUAAAGAUGGUGAUGGACCAAGUUUCAAUCUGCUCAUGGAACUGCUACGCGGCGACCAUUGACCUCAUAUAGACUCAAGCUCACCUCAAACUGACCUUAAGGUCAAGGUCAUCACACGACAUCCUCAAGGUCAUCACAAUACGACCUCAAGGUCAAAACCAUACGUUGCUCAAGAAUAUAAUAAGUGUAUCCUCUCUAGAAUGACAAGGUACAUUAAUACAAUAUCAUCGUCGGUUAAUGAAUUAAAAAAACUAGUCUGCUCCCCUUUAUUGGAUUGCCUUAACAAGCCUUAAAAUGUUUUGGAAAAAUAUACUCGGAUAAGCGUGUUUUUCUAUGACGAUCGUCAUCAUCAUGAUCAUGAUCAUCAAUCAACGUAAUUAACAAAAUCUAUCAAUCAUUUUUGACCUUGCACGUGAAAAGACUGCAUUCGAUAAAGUUUUCAUCAUACAUACAUACAAGACUACAAGUACAGUUAGCAGUGAAAGUUGUUAUUGAUAUAUUUUUUUUUCCUUUUUAGAUAAUAAAUGCAACAAUAUUGCUAUUAACUAUAAUAAUUGAAUACUAUAUUGAUUUUUAUUAUUCAAAUUGAAUUUGGAACUCAAUAAUUUUUAUAUGAACUCAAAAAACACAAUAUGAUAGAUUCUAUUUGCGUACUCAUUUUGAAACCUGUACUUCUAAAAUGCUGACUGUACAUUAUAUUUUUAAUCAGAUUACAUAAAUUGAUAAUUUUAUUUAACAAGGAUGGUAAGGAGCUUAGUCUUUGGCCAUUAAUCAAUUUAUUAUUUUGAUAAAAAAUAGAUGUACCCACUUAUCAUGUGUUUCAUAACAAAUGACCUAUAGUAACAAAUAAGUGCCAAGCUAGCUAAUAAUAAUGCAUUUAAUUUGUAUGUCCGUCUGGUAAGCUCUCCUUAAACUUAUAAUAUUAUUUUUUUACAGGGCAAAAAUUUUAUGAUAUUUGAAAAAUCUUUCCUUAGUGUUGCCCGUAACAUAAAUAACGCUUUACAACGACAUGACGUUGUAAUUAAACAAACACACUGCCACAAAUUGCUUUUAUAUGUGUAUUUAAGAUUUUACUAAAUGUAAGGCCAGGGAAUUGAUGGCUAGAUAGUAUUUACAUAAAGUCAGAUAUAAUUUUUUCACAAUAUUGUACAAUACAA